AUGGAGAAACGACAUUCACCCCCAGGGACGAAUGCCUCCGAUAUGGGCAAACUGGAAGAGGAAACCUCAACGGCACGGGAUGUCGACUUUGGCCAGGUCCUUGAGGUCGAAUCCACCCCUAAACUGCAAAGAAAAGUGCUACUAAAACUCGAUCUCUUGCUCAUUCCUCUGAUGGGUAUCUGUUACAUGCUGCAGUACAUGGACAAAUUAGCCUUAAGCCAGGCAACACUAUUCAGCAUGCGCCAGGACUUGGGUCUACAUGGUGACCAAUAUUCAUGGUCCUCUGCAAUAUUUUAUUUUGGGUAUCUCGCUUGGAGCUGGCCCAGUUCCUACCUGAUUGUCCGGCUUCCAUUGGGCAAAUAUUUAGCCGUUGCUGUCUUUCUGUGGGGUGGUAUUUUGAUGUGCCACGCGGCUUGCAAGUCAUUCGGGGGACUAAUGACGGCCAGAUUCUUCCUGGGAGUGGGCGAGGCAUCUAUUGCUCCCGGAUUCGCUCUCAUCACGGGAAUGUUCUAUAAGAGAGAAGAGCAGCCUGCGAGACAAGCUGCUUGGUUUAUUGGGAACUCCUUUGCCAACGUUAUUGGUGGCGUCGUCGCGUACGGAAUCGGGAAGAUCCAAAACAAUGGUGUCAACAGCUGGCAGUUGAUAUUUCUCGUCCUUGGUGCCGUCACAGCCGCAUAUGCCUUAUUGUUGUUUGCCUUCUUGCCGGAUUCACCAGCAACGGCAUUUUUUCUCAGCAGGACCGAGAGAGCGAUUGCAGUGCAGCGAACCCUUGAAAAUAAGACCGGCGUCAUGGACACGGGCAAGUUCAAGUGGAACCAAGUUCCAAUGGCGCUGAAGGAUCCUCAGACCUGGUUUUUGGUGCUUUACACGCUGUGUGUGAACUUCUGUAAUGGUGGCCUUACUAGCUUCUCUGCCAUCAUCAUCACGGGGUUCGGCUUCUCUACCUUCAACGCGCUCUUAGUCCAGAUGCCCAUCGGAGGUGCGCAGCUAGUCUUCCUCGUUCUAACUUCGGGUAUCGCAACUUUCGUGCGUUCCACGCGCAUAUUAAUGAUGAUUCUAAAUACGGCCGUUUCAAUGAUGGGUAUGAUUAUGAUCUGGAAACUGGACGAUGACAACCGUGCGGGCAAGAUGACUGGCCUCUGUUUUGGAUCGGUCUUUGCUGCCAACAUCCCUCUGGCACUCAGUCUUAUCACCUCCAACGUCGCAGGAUUCACGAAGAAGAGUGUGGUAAGUGCACUGGUGUUUAUCGCAUAUUGUGUUGGCAACAUCGUUGGACCACAAUUUUUCCUUGCGUCCGAGGAUCCUCAUUACCCCACUGGUAUCAAAGCUUCUAUGUCUGGCCUUAUCUUGGGCAUCUUCUUCCUCAUCUGCCUAUAUGUCUACUACAUCUGGGAGAACCGACGCCGAGACCAACUGUACGGUUCACCAUUACAAUUAACAGAGGCGGAAGAGUUGCACGAUGAGCUGUCUAGCAAAACAGACCGGGAGAUAGAGAGUUUCCGUUAUGUAUAUUAA